UACUUUAUUUUGACAUUUAACAUUUUAUAAGCGUAUUUUUAUGUUUACAAAACGUUUAAAAAAGAUAUUUUAAUAGUUCCUUAAGUAUAUUCGAAGUUUCUAUUUUAUAAGCAGAGAAAAAAUAUUAAUCCGUAACCAUGUCGUAUAUGUUACCCCAUUUACACAACGGAUGGCAAGUGGACCAAGCUAUUCUAUCCGAGGAAGAUCGAGUUGUGGUAAUACGUUUUGGCCACGAUUGGGACCCAGCUUGUAUGAAAAUGGACGAAGUCAUGUACAGCAUCGCUGAGAAAGUGAAAAACUUCGCUGUUAUCUACCUCGUGGACAUCACCGAAGUUCCUGACUUCAAUAAAAUGUACGAAUUGUACGAUCCCUGCACCGUAAUGUUCUUCUUCCGCAACAAACACAUCAUGAUCGAUUUGGGAACCGGUAACAACAACAAAAUCAACUGGCCCCUUGAGGAUAAACAAGAAAUGAUCGACAUAGUCGAGACUGUCUAUCGAGGAGCGAGAAAAGGUCGUGGUUUGGUGGUCUCGCCCAAAGACUACUCAACAAAAUACCGCUAUUAAGUUUUUUCUGGUCACCUAUGUUUAUAAUUUUUAUUCUAAAACUAAAAUUUAUAAUAAAUUAAGAAUGUUUUUUAACUUUCAA